AUGGUGAACACCGCACAUUCCAUAAUCCAUGGUUACACACAAAAUUAUCCUCAAUUUGGAAUCGAAGAUGAAUUUUCGACAGAAAGUAACCUCACGGUUUACAACCUCACAUGGGUACAAGAUGGCCUGGCGUGCAUAUUCGACGAAACCAUUGGGGAAUUUGUUACAACAUCAUUAUUCAAAAUUUUCAUAUUUAUAAUGUACAGUAUAAUAUUUGCAAUCGCGCUUACGGGAAAUGGAUUGGUUUGUUUCGUCGUCUACACAUCGCCGGGAAUGAAAACUGUUACAAAUUAUUUUAUAGUGAAUCUAGCGAUCGGUGAUAUAUUAAUGACAGUACUUUGUGUGCCGUUCUCCUUCGUACCCGUAUUAGUUCUACGUUACUGGCCUUUUGGAUCUAUCAUGUGUCGUGUGGUUAAUUACACUCAAGCUGUAUCAGUAAUGGUCAGCGCGUAUACGAUGCUUGCGAUAUCUAUCGAUAGAUAUAUAGCUAUAGUUCAACCUUUAAAGCCUCGCCUAAGCAAGGCUGCAGCGAAAGUGGUCGUACUGGCGGUAUGGGCAGGCGCGGCUGCUACUGCUACGCCCAUUGGCGUAGUUGCUCAGCUACAUAAGCCAUCGAUGUGGCAUGUAGCUUGUAACGUUGAUAUUUGUGGUGAAAUAUGGAGUGAUGCGACAACAAGUGAGCAUUACUCCUAUGCUUUGCUGAUACUGCAGUUCGCUUUGCCGCUGAGUGCGCUCGUGGUGACGUACGUCCGUAUCGCUUACGUCGUUUGGGCGGAACGCACGCCCGGGGAGGCUCAGUCAGAACGUGACGUCAGAAUGCAAAACUCUAAACGUAAGAUGAUAAAGAUGAUGGUAGCAGUCGUGGUAGUUUUUAUCGUCUGCUGGCUACCGUUGAAUAUAUUUAUUAUGCUAUGGGUGUUAAAUAGUGAAAGCGAGGCUUGGCACGCGUGGCCGGGGAUGCCGUACGUAUGGUUCGCCUGUCAUUGGCUCGCUAUGUCACACACUUGCUACAAUCCCAUCAUUUAUUGCUACAUGAAUAGCAAGUAUAGGCAUGGAUUCAAACAGGUAUUGGACCAUAUUAUAUGUAUUAAAUUAAAUCCAUCGAAUCGCUCCUGUCAACGGUCGAGUAUGUGCGAAGGAAUACCGAUGUCGGAACUGAUGGGUGUGAAGGCACAAGGUCGUCGGGUCACAGUCAGCAAAAUACCUAUAUCGCGGACGAAUGAAGAAUGUAAAUGCAUGAGAUGUAUUGGUAUACGUAGUGAGAAGAUUAUCAGGACUGAUAGUGUUUCACAACGCAUACCCCCAGCGCAGCCUAUACGUUGUGAAUAA